AUGACUACCAUCUCCUGCAUUGUAGUGACAACUCUAGUGGUUGUGUCUUUGGCUAAUUUAGUGCUUCUAGUGCACGUUAUUAUGAAUUCAAUCUACAAAUGUAGUCAACACCGGACGUAUUUGAAACGCGUUGGAAAAAUAGAAAAACGGGAAGAUUCAUCUUUUAUGGAUCAAGAGUUUAAAACAACAGCAAACAAUUUUGUGGCUGCUUUAAUUGUAGAAAUUGACGAUGAUAAUUUUGAGUUUGUGUGUGGAGUGGCUAUUGUGGGCAAAAAAUGGGCUCUAACACCAGCACAUUGUGUGGAUGCUAUCGUUGAUCAACCUCUAACUAAAGUUAAGAUUUCUUCUAACACUUUGAAGCUGAAAUACGGAAUUUGGUACGACGUUGAUAGAAUGAGUAAACACGAAAAUUAUAAGUCUAGUGAACACGUAAACGACAUAGCUUUGAUAAGUGUUAAGCAAUCAUUUAAAGACAAAGAAGUUAAAAGUGUUAUCCUGCCGACUAGAAAUUUUUUAUACGUAGCUGAGUCCUCAGCAACUGCUAUUGGGUGGUUGGGUCAAGAAGUGUUUGCAGUUGAUUUGAAACUGCUUCCACAUAAACAGUGUCAGAGUGCUUAUCUCGAAGGAGUUACAAAUGGUACUUUUUGUGCCGAAAGAAAAGCUUGUGUUUAUGACCAUGGAGGGUUUUUGAUUCAGAAAGGUGUGCUAAUUGGGACUAUCUCUUUUGGGGUAGGAUGUAACUCAAAACCGGUUGUUUAUACGAAAAUCUCGUUGUUUGAAGAUUGGUUCAAAGGUCGGAAAAUCGGAGCAGUUUUUAAAGGAAGUACUUAA